AUGACCAUCAACUCUGACGGUCUCGUACACAAGCUACAUGCCGGAGGAGGGCGGAUUGUGUUAUCCGUGCAUGGCAAGAAAGCGGUCUUCUCCGAGCUUUCCUCGACUUACCCCCUGAAGUUACUUUCUCCCAAUGUGCAAGGUGAAACUGCUCUGGUUUAUCUUUUGAGCUAUGGUGGCGGUCUUGUGAGUGGCGAUCAAGUUGAUCUACGGGUGGAGAUUACGGGAGGGAGCUUGAUGCUCUUGUCUCAGGGCUCAACGAAAGUCUUCAAAUCGCGGCCUGGAAAGCGUCUGGCUUCUGUCAAAUCUGAUAGGAUCCACUCAUCUUUACUGCCGCAUGAUUCUGCUGCUACGCCUUCCACUAGACAAAAUCUAGAGUUUCACCUUGCACCUAUGAGCACCUUGUUUCUAUUACCCGAACCUGUAACUUGCUUUCGUGACGCGUCCUACAAUCAAAUACAACGGUUCUACCUUCAGGAAGAUUCAUCAGCCGUGAUAUUGGAUUGGAUAACCUCUGGGCGGAUGUCGGUUGGAGAAGAAUGGGUGUUUUCUCGUUAUCACAGUCUUAACGAAAUCUUUCUCGGCGGAAAGAGGGUGGCAAAAGAUGUGAUGUUGCUUGAUAUCGAAGACACCGGAGUUCAUGACGUUCACAUUCCACAUCGUCCCUUGCGAGACAGACUUCAACCAUACUCUUGUUAUGCCAUGCUCAUCCUUUACGGUCCUCAGAUGCAAUCGGUCAUAGCUGAUAUCACGGCUAAAUACAACAAUAUCUCCGUCUUCAAAACCAGGCAGCCUGAUACUCUGAUAUGGUCUCUUAGCCCCGUGGAUUCAAAAAAAAGAGGAGCGGUGGUUAGGGUGGCUGGAUUAGAAACUGAAAUGGUAAAAGAAUGGCUCAAGCAGACGUUGGCUGGAUUCGAAGACGUUGUUGGCAAAGAUCUAUAUCGACGUGCCUUUCCGUAA